CAUAUCGUAUAUCAUAUAGACUACAAAGUGAGAGAGAGAAAAAAAAAGAAGGCGCAAAAGAAAAGAAUAGAAAAGAAAAGAAAUGGAUACAGAAGAGAGAAACUAAGAGAAAGAUAAGGAGGAGAUUGUUGUAUGUGAAGUUCAAACCCUCUCUCGCUCCGAUUCCGAUCCUGCUUAGCCGAUUUCCUUUUGUUAUUUGUGGGUGGGUUUCUUGUGGAAAGUUAGGGUUUUGUUUGGUGGAUCUGGGAAAUCAAAUCAUCGUCCGAGAUCUCUCUUGAUUCUUGAACCCUAAAAAUCCUUUUUUACAUUUUUGUUGAAUAAAUCCAGGUCUACAUCGAACAAGUAAGGGGUUAUUGGCUUAGGGAUUUAGUUUUCAGUGUAUGAGUCCACCUGCUUUGGACAUGGAAGACCAUCCGCCGAAGCCUUCCAUCCCUACUGCAGAUGCUUCUCUUUCCAACCACGGACGAGGAGGACCUUCCCUUGAUGCUCGAUUUGCUUAUUUUUGCAAGACUGGAUUGUCAUUGAAUGAAAAUACUUACACAGAAGCCAUGAAGCUGUUUAGUGAAAGCAAACACCUUCUGUCUACAACUAUUUCUGCUAUUGGAACUGGAACGCCGGAAGAAGCAGAACGCUACUGGUUUGCAUUCGUUUUGUAUUCUGUGAAAAGAUUAAGUGAGGCCAAUGCCGAUGAUUCCAGUCAGGGGACUGGUGGAGAUGGAUUCACGUUAUGCCAGAUAUUGAGAGUUGCAAAGCUCAACAUUGUGGAUUUCUUUAAAGAACUGCCUCAGUUUAUUGUCAAGGCGGGUCCAAUUUUAAGUAACCAAUAUGGUACAGAUUGGGAGAAAAGACUCGAGGCAAAGGAGUUGCAGGCUAAUUUUGUGCAUUUGAGCCUCUUAAGCAAGUAUUACAAACGUGCAUUCCGGGAAUUUUUCUUGACAAGUGAUGCAAAAGUUGGUGAGCAGUCAACUGCUGCCAUUGCUUCAGGUUAUGUGUCAGACUACCAUCGGUUUGGAUGGUUGCUGUUUCUAGCACUUCGUACCCACGCAUUCAGCCGUUUUAAGGACCUUGUGACUUGCACUAAUGGUUUGGUUGCUAUCUUGGCUAUCUUAAUUAUUCACAUUCCUGUUCGUGUAAGAAAUUUCAAUCUUCAUGAUUCUCCACAGUUUGUUAUGAAAGGCAGCAAAGGUGUAGACCUGCUUGCAUCACUUUGCAACAUUUAUGAGACCUCAGAAGAUGAGUUGAGGAAAACAAUGGAGAAGGCCAAUGAUUUAAUAGAAGAUAUUUUGAAGAAAAAUCGGCGUUCUGCAUCAGAAUGCAGAAGUGAAAAUCUGGAGAAUAUUGCCACAGAUGGUUUGAUUUAUUUUGAAGAUCUAUUGGAUGACACAUCACUGCCCUCCAGUUUAAAUAUUCUAGAAAAGGAUUAUGCUGAUGCAACUCGUAACAAGGGUGAACUGGAUGAGAGGGUGUUUGUUAAUGAGGAAGAUAGCUUGCUUGGUUCAGGUAGCUUGUCUGGAGGUGCUAUGAAUAUCAGUGGAGCCAAGAGGAAAAUUGAUUCAAUAGCAUCUCCAGCGAGGACAAUCACUAGCCCACUGGCUCCCUAUUGCUCUCCGUCUGCAUCUCAUGCAAAAGCUAUUCCUUGUGGUAGCAACUCAAAGAUGGCAGCUACUCCUGUAACCACAGCAAUGACAACUGCAAAGUGGCUUCGAACAAUCAUUUCUCCACUUCCACCAAAACCCUCACCAGAGCUGGAGCGGUUCCUUUCAUCGUGUGAUAGCGAUGUGACUACUGAUGUGAUCCGUCGGGCUAACAUAAUAUUAGAGGCUAUAUUUCCAAGCAGUGGUCUGGGAGAGGAAUGCAUCACGGGAGGCCUGCAAUGUACAAGCCUGAUGGACAGCAUAUGGGCUGAACAACGAAGAUUGGAAGCUCUCAAGUUAUAUUAUAGGGUUUUGCAAGCAAUGUGUACAGCUGAGGCCCAGAUCCUGCAUGCAAACAAUUUGACCUCAUUAUUGACCAAUGAGCGGUUCCAUAGAUGUAUGCUUGCCUGUUCAGCUGAACUAGUUCUUGCCACACAUAAGACAGCAACGAUGUUAUUUCCUGCUGUGUUGGAGAGAACUGGGAUUACAGCUUUUGAUCUUAGUAAGAUGAUUGGGAGUUUCAUUAGACAUGAGGAAUCUCUUCCCAGAGAAUUGAAGCGACAUCUGAACUCACUGGAAGAGCGACUUUUAGAGAGCAUGGUGUGGGAAAAGGGCUCCUCAAUGUACAAUUCUUUGACAGUUGCAAGACCAGCCCUUUCUGCAGAAACAAACCGUCUUUGUUUGUUGGCAGAACCAAUGCCAUCUUUGGAUGCAAUUGCCAUGCAUAUGAACAUCACUUGUGGAAGCUUGCCAUGUCUUCCGUCUUUACAGAAGAACGAAAUUUUAUUAGGUCAGAAUGGAGAUAUUCAGUCACCAAAAAGAUUGUGCACUGAAUACAGAAGUGUGUUGGUUGAGAGGAAUUCAUUUACAUCGCCAGUGAAGGAUCGCCUUUUGACCUUCAAUACCCCCAAAUCAAAGCUACCACCACCUGCUUUGCAGUCCGCUUUUGCCAGUCCGACAAGACCAAAUCCUGGAGCUGGAGGGGAAACAUGUGCAGAAACUGCAAUUAAUGUAUUCUUUAGCAAGAUUGUAAAGUUAGGUGCUUUCAGAAUCAACGGUAUGGUUGAAAGGCUACAGCUAUCCCAGGAGAUCAGAGAGAUUAUUUUUCAUCUUUUUCAACAAAUCCUCAGUCAAAGGACGACCCUGUUCUUUAAUCGUCAUAUUGACCAGAUUAUCCUCUGUUGUUUCUAUGGAGUUGCAAAGAUUUCUCAACUGAGCCUGACUUUUAAAGAAAUUAUUUUCAACUAUAGAAAGCAACCACAGUGUAAACCUCAAGUUUUUCGUAGUGUGUUUGUUGAUUGGUCAUCAGCACGCCGUCAUGGGAAAACAGGGCAGGAGCAUGUUGAUAUAAUUACAUUUUACAAUGAAAUAUUUAUUCCUGCGGUAAAGCCACUACUGGUGGAGCUUGCCCCUGUUGGAACAGCUCAAAAAAACCGAAAUUCAGAAACUAUCAAUGGCACUGAUGGUCAAUGUCCUGGAUCACCUAAGAUAUCACCAUUUCCAAGUCUUCCUGAUAUGUCUCCAAAAAAAGUAUCUGCAAUACAUAAUGUAUAUGUUUCUCCGUUGCGGUCAUCGAAGAUGGAUGCUUUAAUUUCAAAUGGCUCUAAAAGCUACUAUGCUUGUGUCGGAGAGAGCACUCACGCGUACCAAAGCCCUUCUAAAGACCUGACUGCCAUCAACAACCGUUUGAACGGUAACCGGAAACUCAGAGGCACACUGAAUUUUGAUGAAGUUGAUGUUGGGUUGGUUAGUGACACUUUGGUGGCCAACAGCCUCUGCCUUCAGAAUGGAAAUGGCAAUCAGAAUGGAAGUUGUGCCUCAUCAUCAGGUGCACCUGUGAAAUCUGAGCGGCUAGACUCCUAGUUUUUUUUAAUUGUUGCCACUACUUUGAAUGUAAACCUUAGUUAUAUCCUUUGUUUAGUUUUUUGUUAUUUUCUUUUUAUUUUUUCAUAUACUACUACUAAAUCCAUAGUGGAUGAGAUGGGGUAUUGAAUGAGCAGCAGGUUAUAGUAGGAUGGCCGCCACUACCCUGUCCAAGUGCUGCUAGUGUAUGUAAAAAUUCUAGAUGUUUAAAAAUGAUUGGGGCUCUCUCUAGUUAGGUAAUAAAAUUUCUUUUUCCUCC